GUUGUGAAUUUGUCACAGUGUUGUGAAUUAAAGUGAAAAGUAGUGUCUUCUAAAGCGCCACGAGUUUUAUCCUAAAUAACAAAAACGUAAAGUAUUAUUUAUCCCUGGACUGCAAUAAAAAGGCGGCAAAAUUACGUCCAAAAUGCAAGGCGUUAGUGCUCCGCGGGAGCCUACGCAGCCCGUGAUAAGCACAAGUUCAACCAUCCUAAACAUGAGGGAAAAAGAGAAAUACAUUGAAGAUUUCGAGUUCCCCUUCUGCGACGAGUCUUCAAAAUACGAGAAAGUCGCUAAAAUCGGUCAAGGAACCUUCGGGGAAGUGUUUAAAGCUCGCGCAAGGAAUAGCAACAAAAAGUUCGUAGCCAUGAAGAAAGUGCUUAUGGACAACGAAAAAGAAGGUUUUCCCAUCACUGCUUUGCGCGAAAUAAAGAUCUUACAGCUUCUAAAACACGAGAAUGUCGUCAAUUUGAUUGAAAUUUGUCGAACAAAGGCAACGCUGCAUAAUAAGUACAGGUCUACUUUCUACUUAGUUUUCGACUUCUGUGAACACGAUUUAGCAGGUUUAUUGUCAAAUGUGAACGUGAAAUUCAGUUUAGGAGAGAUUAAAAAGGUUAUGCAGCAACUUCUGAAUGGUCUGUACUAUAUUCAUAGCAAUAAAAUUCUACAUAGAGAUAUGAAAGCGGCUAAUGUACUUAUAACGAAGAAUGGGAUAUUGAAGUUAGCUGAUUUUGGUCUGGCCAGAGCGUUCAGUGUGGCAAAGUCGGGACAAGUCAAUAAAUAUACUAACAGAGUGGUCACCCUGUGGUAUAGGCCUCCAGAACUACUUUUAGGUGACCGUAACUACGGGCCUCCGGUCGACAUGUGGGGCGCCGGCUGCAUCAUGGCAGAAAUGUGGACCCGCUCCCCUAUCAUGCAAGGCCCCACGGAGCAACAACAACUGAUCCUCAUCUCUCAGCUCUGCGGCUCCUGUACCCCUGACGUGUGGCCGGGCGUUGAGAACCUAGAUCUAUAUAAUAAGAUGGAACUGCCGAAGGGACAGAAGAGGAAGGUUAAGGAACGUCUGAAGCCGUACGUUAAGGAUCCGUACGGUUGUGAUCUGUUGGAUAAGCUGUUGCAGCUGGAUCCGGCUAAGAGAUACGACGCCGACACAGCAUUGAACCACGACUUCUUCUGGACCGACCCCAUGCCGUGUGACCUUGCCAACAUGCUGGCCCAACACACACAGAGCAUGUUCGAAUAUCUGGCCCCACCCCGCAGGCCUGGCCACCUGCGUCAUCACCACCACGUGGCUGGGGCCCAGGCCAAGCCGACACAGCCUGUCCAGGACUCGGGGUAUCAAGACCGAGUGUUUUAGAAAUGGAAAAGUGAAAAGUUUAAGUGACUGUGAAUUUUUAAAGCAAUGUUAAGUGAGUUAAUCUGAAGUGUGGAGUGUUAGUUACGUGAAUAUUGCCCUUCGGAAAGCUACGAAACGAGUUACGUAGCAAGAUUUUUUAAUGAGGUCCUGCCAGACCAUACUGUAAGAUCAUGAUUCUAGAGGGUAUCGCUAAAUGAAAAUUGCUUAUUUAUUUCCUCAAGUUUUCGCGAAACUAAUGUUGUAGAAUGAUUUUUUUUCCUACGUAACUGGUUAUAGUUACCGGCACGGAUAUUGAGCUCUCGGCGGAAGAGUGGGGAUCGCUUUGCGCACUGUACACAUAAGGCAAUAAACCAAUAAAUCGCUUCUGCGCAGGUGAAGGUCAGGGCUCAAUAUCCGUGCCGAUAACUAUACUUAGCGUCGUAGACCAUAAAUAGCUGAAGCGGGUAUCAUCAUCAGCCAAUUUUUGUUCUACUGAAGGAAUGAGCGUUAAUCACCACGUGCACUGAAGAUUUAAAUGCUAAAAUCAGCAAUUUCAAAUUCUGAAGUACAGGUUUCCUCAAUAAUGGUUUCCUUCGCUGUGUCUAGAAUACAUAAUGGAUAUAGUUUCUGAGAUCAAGAUCGAAGAAAUUAUCAGUAAAUAACACUCCUGACAUACUUUCUAUGAGAACAGUAAGCUUUAGUAUAAAUAUAAAAAAUAUGGUGACCAGAUAUUGGUGAAAAUAGAUCUAAAGUAUGGGGUAGCUUAGACAAUCAAUUAAAUUACGUAUUACGAAUUUUCUAUGAAAAUUGUGCAAUGAUUUUUAUGACCAAAAAUUUUUAUUACACAAUUAUUUAUUUUGUAAUAUUGUGCAAUUUAAUUGAUUCUAUAGGUGGCCUCCAAAAAUACAAAAAAAAAAAAGUAUAAAAAAUAUAAUUUAAAAAUAUUACUGCCAAUGUAUAAUAUUGUUGAUGCCAGAAUUGAGCUAAGUUAUCUUUAAGCUAAUCUUUUAAAAGCGAGCUGAAGAAGUUUAUUUGUUAAGGGCCCUAAACUUAGCAUGAUUCUGGCAAAAGAGUUAGUGAUAAAAUUGUUAAAUAUUAUAAUAUUGUAUAAUAAUACAGACUGCCUAGUUAGACAAAUAGUCGCAAAUGCGACUGCCAUUAGACAUUUCUACAUUUGACUUGUUUCUCCAUUGUGCUGUUCACAAAUUUUGAACAAUGCGGUUUUUAGAGUGCCAACACACUAGUAGAUUUUGGUUUCUAUGGUAUAGAUAGUAGGUUUAAAGUAUGACUCACCCACUGUUGUGAAAUACAACAACUAUACUAUAUUAUUACUAGCCAUUUUCCCGCGGUUUCCCUUGCGUCCCGUGAAAUUUACUACCCAUAGCAAGAUAAAAUUUAGCCUUUGUUACUCGCAGAUAAUGUAGCUUUCUAAUGGAAAAGAAUUUUUAAAAUCAGUCCAGUAGUUUUUGAGUUUAUCCAUUACAAACAAAAAAAAAAUUGGUUGUUUGUAAAGUAGGUUUACGAUCGAGAUGUUUACGUGAUAACGUCUUAUUGGUGAUAUAAGUUUUUUGGGAAGUAAGGAAUUAAUGAAGAUAACAAUUGUUGCAAU